UCUAUUGAUUGUUUGUAGAUGGGUUGAUUUGUUCCCUGUUGACGGUGGGUUACUUCGUUUGCAUCUCUUAUUCUAUUAUCCCCGUGUGGAAAGUGAGCCGGGUUAUAUAAAGGGUUAAGGAAGGGAGAUCGUUACGGGAGAGUGCAGAACCCAUUAGGGUUAGAGUAGUGUUGUCCGUUUCGGUGGUUCGGUACUUGACAUGUUCUUUUGAGCAUUAAAACAGUAGAAUCUGAUCUGGCUGCUUUUGAUUUAUUCCGAUCUGGUUGCUGCUGAUCCACACCACAUGUGGAUGCGUGUGUUAAUGUCACAGAACCUAGACCAGGGGGCAUAACAAGGGGUACAGGCUACUGCAUAUCGUCAUGAAGCGUGUGUGCAGCGUAUGAAAAGUUGACUAAAUGGAUGAAUUGUGGUCAGAGAAAGCUACUCACUUGCCUGUGUUAUUCCCAGGAGCUCCUGCUUGUUUAGUUGCACGGUGGAGAAAAUACUGAAACUGAGGAUUAUUUUAUUUAGUUAUGCAUGAGGUUGAUUUAUUAAACUUAUGAAUCGAGUGAGAUUUUAUCAGACACAAUCUGCACUAGACCAUAAAUAACUGCUAGUUUUGCAUCUCACGUUGUCCUUCCUUCCUGUUUCCUAAUCUGCAACAUGUCGGCAUCAACUACAGCAGAAAUACUCCGACUUUGGCCGCCGUCAGUCAUAGUCAUUGUUGAUGCUGGUGACAAGCGAUAUCAUCAGAGGAGUGUUAGUCUGAGAACGCACCUGAGAUGGGUCAAAGUUCAUCCCACACUUUAUAGCAGAAAUGAGGAUCCAGCCACUCAUAUGUGAUGGUUUGCAUCGCGUCGAGGGUGGGGGAGGAGUUUUCGGGCAGAAGAAGUGCUGUGUAGAUCUGGUUACUCUCACUCUGACCAUCGGACGAAGACUUGAUCUGAGUGCUGUAAAAUGUGGGCUUGGGCACUGCUUCCGAUCUCAUUGGCUGUUGCUGGAACGCUGGGAAUAUGGGCAGUGUUUGGGAUUGCCGUGUCAAACGGAACAGUCAACCUGACGAUGGAGUUUCCCUAUAUCAGUACCUGUGGCACAUUCACCCCUCAGAGCUGCAUUUUCAGUCAAAUCACCAACCUUUGUGCUCUUCUGGUUCUGUGGAUUGUCGUGAUACGUUUCCAACAGAUCAGGGACUAUGGGCAAAACUGCAGGGCCAAUGUGGCCAGCUUGGUCGUGGGCUUCAUCUCCACCCUGGGCAUCUCCCUCAUCGGGAACUUCCAGCAAUCGGUACUGAUAGAGGUCCACCUGCUGGGAGCCUUCCUGGCCUUCAUCGUGGGAUUGGCCUAUUUCUGGCUUCAGCUGUGGCUCACCUACAAGACGGAGCCGUCCCUGGACCGGUCCUGGGUGGGCCCACUCCGUGCCCUCCUGUGCACCAUCUGCACUGCCCUCAUUGUGGCCAUGUCCAUCCUGCACAAGAACGAGCUCCGAUCGGCGUCCGCCAUCUGUGAGUGGGCUCUGGUCAUGUCCUUCUUCCUGCUCUUUGGCCUCUUUGCUGCUGAGUUCCGCCACAUUGACUGCCACCGGCUGAUUGUACAGCCGACCAAAGAAAUACAAGCGAGCAACAGUGUGUUCAUGUUGCAGGCUCACACUUGACUCAUCCAGCGGGUGUGCCCUCUCGCACGAGUGCAGAAAGACUUUUUUUUAGCGUUAUAUUAUUCUGAGUUGAUUAGGUUCAUCUGGACAGUCACUGACUUGGAUUCUCCACCACUUUUAUUCACAUGACGAUAGACAUUCCAGUCAAUAGACACACGCCUGUUUUUACAAAAGACGUUUGCCAGAAUGCAGUCACAUACUAAGGUGAACACUUAUCUGCUGUGGUGGUGUGUAUAAAUAUCACGCCUACACAGGCUCUCAAGACAAACCUGCUUUUCACGUUAAGUUUCAAGUAAAAAAAAGACUUGAAAUGUUUUAUGCAUGUCGUUUGCGUGACAUUCUUUUUUAUUAUUUCUUUGCUUUCUGUUAAACAUCUGUUUCAUGGUGGAUUUUUAGUCAACGAAUGCAAAAUAACGUUCUGUGCAGAAGCAGGCUUACGCUUAGGGUCUUGGGUUUAUCCAAGAAGUCAGAAUAUAACGAGUAGUCAUAAC